GCGGAAAAGCGAAAGAUGAGACGUCUCUCAGAAAUAAUCUCCGACUGGGAUCGACCAACCCGAACGUCACUCUCUCAUAUGUACUCCUAUGCUCGCCGUGAAAGUGUUUACAUUGCUAGGAAGAAGCUAGCAGGACUGAAAGAUUGGGCCCUCGAUCUUUUGGCUAAAUUGAAAUCCAAGCAGGGAAUGGCGAUCCGUCGAGAAGCUCGGGCCACCAAGCUUGUUGCUACCGUCAUGGUGGUUUUUCUCGUCUGCUGGCUGCCCUUCUUCACUUUAAACAUGAUUAAAAUUUACAAACUUAUCUACAACACCUGGCCUGUGGAUCUGGAAAUCUGGUUUCACUGGUUUACAGCGUUAGGAUACCUCAAUUCUUCACUAAAUUUUUUCAUCUACUCAACUAUCAAUCCUGUAAGAUUUGGGAGUUCAUGGAUUGACUCUCCAAACAUCAUUGUGGAAAGAAUAUUGCAGAAAUUUCGCCACUCAUUCCGAAGACUUCUAGGGUUUCGUAGAUCUAGGCGCCGAAAAGAAAAAUCGUGGAUGCUCCCACCUAGAGAAAGUAGC